AUCCUGCUUAUGGGGCUGCGGCGCAGCGGGAAGUCCUCCAUCCAGAAGGUGGUGUUUCACAAAAUGUCUCCCAAUGAGACUUUGUUCUUGGAAAGUACCAACAAGAUCUACAAAGAUGAUAUUUCCAACAGUUCAUUUGUGAAUUUCCAAAUAUGGGAUUUUCCUGGACAGAUGGACUUUUUUGAUCCAACAUUUGAUUAUGAGAUGAUCUUCAGAGGAACAGGUGCUCUAAUAUAUGUUAUUGAUGCCCAGGAUGACUACAUGGAAGCUCUAACAAGACUCCACAUUACAGUUUCAAAAGCCUACAAGGUCAACCCAGAAAUGAACUUUGAAGUUUUUAUUCAUAAAGUUGAUGGUUUAUCAGAUGACCAUAAAAUAGAAACUCAGAGGGAUAUUCAUCAGAGGGCUAAUGAUGACCUUACGGAUGCUGGGCUUGAAAAACUUCACCUUAGCUUUUAUUUGACCAGUAUCUAUGACCAUUCAAUAUUUGAAGCCUUCAGUAAGGUGGUACAGAAGCUCAUUCCGCAACUGCCAACGCUGGAAAAUCUACUAAAUAUCUUUAUAUCAAAUUCAGGCAUUGAAAAAGCUUUUCUCUUCGAUGUAGUCAGCAAAAUCUACAUCGCAACAGACAGUUCCCCUGUGGACAUGCAGUCAUAUGAGUUGUGCUGUGACAUGAUUGAUGUAGUGAUAGAUGUUUCCUGUAUAUAUGGGUUAAAGGAAGAUGGCACUGGAAGUGCUUAUGAUAAAGAGUCAAUGGCAAUUAUCAAGCUCAAUAACACAACGGUCCUGUACUUAAAGGAAGUAACAAAGUUUUUGGCAUUAGUUUGCAUUCUUAGAGAAGAGAGUUUUGAGCGCAAAGGUCUGAUAGACUACAAUUUUCAUUGCUUCCGCAAAGCCAUUCAUGAAGUCUUUGAAGUAGGUGUUGCCUCCCACAGAAUCUGCAACCAUCAAUCAAGCGCCUCAAAUAUGAAAGCAGUGACUCACAAUGGCACACCUAGGAAUGCAGUCUAGAGGAAAACUAAAGCCGUUGGAUAGACUUGUCAGCUCUUCACUCCAAAGUUUUGUGGAACAAGAGAAGAAUAGUCUGAAAGCCUGAAGUAUGUUUCACAGGAGAAGAGUGGCGCUAACUGUGGAACAGCAACUUGUAACUCAUGUUGGACAACUGAAACUACUGUAAAAAAAAAAUACUUUGAGGCCAGUGGAGUUAGAAAUGCCAGUUUGAAACCAGCUUUAUUGCAAGUGCAGUGGUUUUUCAGUUUGGAGUCUUAUUUUAACAGUCUGUCUCUGACUGGUUGCCCGGUCAAAACUUACGAAUGAUUGAGUUGAGUUUUGCAUGAAACACUGAAUAGUCACUUGCUCACCUUUUUUUUUUUUUUUUUUUAAUUAAUCUGUAGAAUAUCCACUUUUGCUUAAGUUGACCCUUUUGUCAUGAAAAAAAAAAGUGGUGGUAUUAUUCAGGCAUGUGAAACUCAGGCUUUUUA